AUGAGCAUCGGGAUGAAUAAUACAACUUCGGUUACAUCACUGAUACCUGUUCAUAUUCCCGGUUUACGUUUUCUUAUCGCAUUUUCUUGUGUCAUAUUGUAUUUAUUUGGUUAUACCGGUUGCUUAUUAUCAAUCAUUACGUUCAGUUCAAGAAAACUUCGUCAUCAUUCGACCGGUUUUCUUUUUCUGAUCAUGGCUUUUGUGGAUAUAUUCAAUUUAUUUGCAAGUCUACAAUACUUCCUUGAUGUGAUUUACCAAAUCAAUGUCUUCGCAAUCUCCAUUCACUGGUGUCGAUUCUUUACCAUAUUCAACUAUGAACUUUAUUUCGGAUUCUCGUGGAUCUUCGUGUUCAUUUCUGUCGAUCGAUGGAUCAAGGUCGAAUGGCCAACACGAAGUCAACGCUUAUGCACUCGAACCAAUUUCAUCUAUUUGUGUUUAUUCACACUGUUAUGUAGUCUAGUUCAGAAUAUCUUUUACACAUUCCUAUGUAUUGACGAUAAAUGCGGACAGAAGAAUCUGACUUGUGAAAUAUUUAUUCAUGUGAUUUAUAUAAUUCUGUAUAUGACGGUACCGAUCGCAAUUAUUCUUAUAUCAAUAAGUCGUACAUGUUUAAUAACAAUCAAUCUUAAGAAACGAAUUCGACGAUCAACAUCAUCGUCCGAUCAGCAACAACAACAACAGCAACAGCCGCUUACCGAUUUGUCAACAUCACUCCAAUUAGAAAGUGUUGUUCGUUGCCAUUCGACAACAAUUACAAGUCGUCUAUCGAGUUCGUUUGUCAGUUCACCCUCGUCGACAACUACAAAUACCAAUCCAACAUCAUCUCAACAUCUAAACAAAUCCAAUCGAAUCGCUUAUUCAAAUCGACGUCGUUCACGUAUGGAUGCUCAAAUGGUGAUUCUCAUCUCUAUUAAUGUUGCACCUUUCAUUCUUGUACAUAUUAUCACAGAAAUUGCCUAUCUAUUCGAAAAAUACUCCUCUUUCGUCGACCAGUCAACUGUUGCACGUUCGAUCAUCAUUCUUAUCUAUCUCUUGUGGUAUUUAAUAUCGGCCUCGAGAUUUUACACCAAUUGUUUACUAUCUCGAAUCUAUCGAGAGGAAUUUCGAAAUCGUCUGUACAUGUUAAGACAUGGUUGUAAACCACGUCCGUCCGUCUCGGAGCGUAGAUCAUCCCGAAGAAAGUCAUCCCGAUUUUUUAUUGGAAGUCUUGUUAUCGGUGGUGAAAGUACAACAAUGAAUAUGAAAUCAAUUGCAAUGUUAUAA